AUGCAGUUUACCGUAAUAUGUCUAUUUGGGGUUGUGGCCUGUGCCUCAGCACAAUUGGAUUUUGGUUUCAACUUUGGAAAGGGUUUUAGCUUCUCUUUAUUUCCUUUCGGGUUUGAAGUUAAUAAAAAUAUCUCAGUUGACGCUGGUGUUGGCAAUCGAGUAAGACGGCAGCUUUCGCCAAUUCGCGCCGGAGGUCCUCCUCAAGCAGGAGCGAGAUUCGAAUUCAAUAUAGGUGUUCAACCAAACGGACUAAUUUUUCCAAAUUUACAACCGGAUAGAUCUGGACAAGGCAAACCUAAUCCAUCCGAACCUAAACCAGAUGGACCUGAAUCAAGUGGACCUAAAUCAAUUGGACCUGGGUCAGCCGGACGUAGACCACUCAUACCGUUCCCAGGAAAUCAUCAAAUUUCACCACUAUUUCCGAUUAUUCCGCCUCUUCAUCUCAAACUUCACCGUAGACCUCAUCAUAGAUCUCAUCACAGACUCCAUCAAAAAUCAUCGACUUCUACUAAUCAACCUAGUACGAAUGUAGUAUCACAAAGUGCUGGAACUGUUACAGCAUCAUCCGACAGUACUAAGAUCAAGUCAACAACGGAUAAUACUUCUACUCAAACUAGCUCUCGAGCUACUAUUGCAUCUUCCUCUGAAUCUACUGAUGAAUCUACUGAUGAAUCUACUGAUGAAUCUACUAUUGAACCUACCACUGUAUCUUCUAGUAAAUCUACUACUGCAUCUUCCACUGCAUCUACCGCUGCAUCUGCUACUAAAAAAACUAAUAAAUCAUCUACCACUGAAUCUACUACUGAAUCUAUCACUGAAUCUACUGCUGAAUCUACCACUGAAUCUACUGCUGAAUCUACCACUGAAUCUACUGCUGAAUCUACAACUGCAUCAUCCAUUGAAUCCUCUAGUGAUGCAUCUACGACUGAAGCUACUAGUGAGUCUACAACUGCAUCUGCAUCUACCAGUUCAUCUGUAAAUUCUACGUAA